GCAGCCAUGAGUAUGCUCAGGCUUCAGAAGAGGCUUGCCUGCAGUGUCCUCCCCUGUGGCAAAAAGAAGGUCUGGUUGGACCCCAGUGAGACUAAGGAAAUCACCAAUGCCAACUCCCGUCAGCAGAUCCGGAAACUGAUCAAAGAUGGGCUCAUCAUCAGGAAGCCUGUGAUGGUCCAUUCCCAGGCUCGAUGCCGGAAAAACACCUUGGGCCACAGGAAGGGCAGGCAUAUGGACAUAGGUAAGCAACAGGGUACUGCCAGUGCUCUAAUGCCCUAAAAGGUUACCUGGCUGCUGCUGCUCAGAAGAUACCGUGAAUCUAAGAAGAUUGACCAGCACAGGUAUCACAGCCUAUACCUGAAAGUGAAGGGUAACGUGUUCAAAAACAAGUGUAUUCUCAUGGAACAUAUCCACAAGCUGAAGUCAGACAAGGCUUGCGAGAAGCUUCUGGCAGACCAGGCUGAGGCCCGCAGGUCUAAGACCAAGGAAGCCCGCAAGGACCAUGAAGACCGGCUCCAGGCCAAGGAGGAAGAAAUCAUCAAGACUCUGUCCAAGAAGGAAGAGACGAAGAAAUAA